AUGAUUAUACUUCUCGGUGAUCCUUCUGCCUCAUUAAACUCUCGCCCUUCUAGUGCCGUUUUCAAUUCAAACACAAAUUUAAAUUCUUCUAUUUCGAUUAAUACAAAUGCUCAAAAUUCAACAGGGUUUCCACCUUCAAUUAUUGUUUUAUGCAAAAGAAUUCUUUAUUGUUUUACACACAAUGGAAGUUUGAGAUAUUCUAUUAGACUUCAAACUGUUGCUUUAUCUUUACAUAUAUUGUCACAAGGUAAAAGUUCUGAAAACAAACUAAUUCAACAACAAACAACUUUACCCAUUUCUAUUAUUAUUGGAACGGCUGGAAAAACACUAUUAUUUUAUUCUGAUACUAAACUAAUUUGGAAUGUUCAAUUACCCUUUGCUGCACAAAUUGUUGAAACUUGUACAUUUAGUGAUUCACUUCGUUCAAUGAUUGUUUUAUUGUCAGAAAAUUCCGAUAAAUUACUUGUUGGAUAUUUAGGGACAGAACCCUCAUUAUUUAAAAUGCCAGCAUCAGAAACUCGUUUUAUAGAUUUUGAAGAAAAGAAAAAAGAAUUGAGGGAAUUCGAAAAAAUAAUUUUUUUAAGUGGAAGGGAAGGAGAAAAUAAAGAAGAACUAAAUAAAAUAUUUAAUUUUGAAGUUUUUAUCGACAAAAAUUCAAAUUCAUUUAAUUCUAAUGAAGGAAUUAAAUCGGCAACAAUUCAAAUUAAUUUUAAUAACGAAGAAGGAAAUAAAAUAAAUGGAGAAUUAAUAUUAAAUAAUUUAAAUAAUUUGUAUUGUUUACAAGGAAAUCAACAAAUAUUGAAGGAAAUUGAAAAAUGUUAA